GGUGAAAGCGGCGCGACCCGAGUCAGUCGUGUCGGAGCUGGGGGCGUCGUAGCAUUGUGCGGAUCGGUCGAUUAGUCAGACCAGGCGAUCGAGUCAGAUCGAAUCGAGUCGAGUGGACGGAGAAGAGAUUCCGCGUGCAGAGGAUUAAUUCCCAUUAAUUCCAGGAUUCAGGAUGGCGCUCUUCCGCUUCACCCCGAGACGCUGCCGGGAGCUUCAGAAAAAAAUAACAUCGACCAUCUUCGUGCGACAGCUGACCGAUGCAUCCACGGAUCUCAGAAGGAUUCUCGCGGAAAAAAUUCCCAGGGAGCAGGAACGCGUCAAAGCCUUCCGUAAGAACCAUGGUGCCACCAAGGUUGGAGAAGUAACCGUCGACAUGAUGUACGGCGGUAUGCGCGGCAUCAAGGGUAUCGUGUGGGAGCCAUCGGUGCUGGAUCCGGAGGAAGGCAUCCGUUUCCGCGGCAAGUCGAUCCCCGAAUGUCAGAAGCUGUUACCGAAGGCGGCCGGUGGCGCGGAACCGCUUCCGGAGGGUCUCUUCUGGUUGCUGAUCACCGGCGACGUGCCCACGGAAGCGCAGGUGAAGGCCAUCUCGCAGGAUUGGGCGUCCAGGAGCACGUUACCCGAUCACGUGGUCAAGGCCCUCAACAACUUCCCCAAGACCCUGCACCCGAUGACGCAGUUUUCCGCGGCCAUCACGCUGUUGAACAGCGAGAGUGAGUUCGUGAAAGCUUACAACAAGGGCGUGCACAAGAGCAAGUAUUGGGAAACCGUGUACGAGGAUUCGAUGAAUCUGAUUGCCAAGCUGCCGGUGGUGGCGGCUACCAUUUACCGCAACAUCUACAAGGGCGGCAAGGGCCUGGGCUCGGUGGACGCCGGCAAGGAUUGGUCCUGGAAUUUCGCCAACAUGCUCGGCUACGACAACCCGCAGUUCAUCGAGCUGAUGCGUCUCUACCUGACGAUCCACUCGGAUCACGAGGGCGGCAACGUGUCCGCGCACACCACUCACUUGGUGGGAUCAGCCCUGUCGGAUCCCUAUCUGUCCUUCUCCGCCGGGAUGAACGGCCUGGCCGGACCGUUGCACGGGCUGGCCAAUCAGGAGGUGCUGGUGUGGCUGGAGAAGCUACGCUCUCAGGUCGGCGACAGUCCGAGCGACGACAAGCUCAAGGAAUUCAUCUGGAAUACGUUGAAGAGCGGCCAGGUCGUGCCCGGUUACGGACACGCCGUUCUCAGGAAAACCGACCCGAGAUACACGUGCCAGAGGGAGUUUGCCCUGAAACACUUGCCGGACGAUCCAUUGUUCAAGUUGGUCGCGCAGGUGUACAAGGUGGUCCCGCCGGUCCUGCUGGAGACUGGCAAGGUGAAGAACCCCUGGCCAAACGUGGACGCUCACUCAGGCGUAUUGUUGCAAUACUAUGGCAUGAAGGAGAUGAACUACUACACGGUCCUGUUCGGCGUCUCGCGUGCCCUGGGCGUGCUUGCCUCCCUGGUGUGGGACCGUGCUCUAGGAUUGCCCAUCGAGAGGCCCAAGUCCCUCAGCACCGAUCUCCUUAUGAAAUCCCUCAAUGCUUAAAGAGCCCGUCUGUCACUUAAUCGAUGAUCGUUAUCGGCACCACUUCGGAAUCAGUCCCGUCAUCUCGAUCUCGUUGAAGCAACGCCGGGAAUCCUAUCUUUUAAAAGGUAGCAUGGUUCUGACACCGACCUCGAGGGAGUCAUUGACCCCGCGCCUUAUCAAACGAACGAGACUACGAAUUGUAAAGAGUGAAAGGAUGAGAGAAUGAAAGGGAGAACGAGAAUGUGCGAAAGGAACAAGGCUAGGUAUUAAACACGACAAAUAAUUACGUCAUAAUAAUGUAUUAUCUAAUUGUAGAAUUAAGAGCAAACACAUCAAUAUUCCGCGUCAAGGAAUUUGCACUAACUUUCCUCCUGUUGGUGCUUUUUGAACACGAGCGAUUUCAGGGAAUUGUAUUAAAAUUACCAUUAAAAUUGUAUAAAUGCAAUUAAUACGACUUUCGAGUCGCUGAUGGUCUUCAGCAAGUAUCGAUGGAGGGGAAAGUGUGUUAAGUGAAAUGCAGUUGUCGCGACGUAGAUGCUUGUUGAAGCGGAAACGUAGAUGGUCCAAUAGUGGAAACUGCCAACCUCGUGAGAAAAUUGAAAAGACAGCGUGCAAGUCCAAGAGAUGAGUUUCACACGUCUUUAAAUAGCAAAAAAUAUCUCAGUAGGUGUCUUUUCGAGAGACGUCCUCCAUGGGAUUUCAUAUUAUUCGGAAAUACACACACAAAAUAAAGAAAUGUAUCAGAGAUAGAUGAAGCAUUAUUGUAAAUACACUCAUCCCUCUCAAUAUUUAGUAAUGCGUUGAUUAUCGCCGGAAAUUUAGGAGGCAAGAUAACGAUAGUCAACAUAUUAGCAAUUAAUUUUAGCGACAUAGAGGCAGUGAAAAAUGGCGAUUAAGUAGCAGAUUCAUAUUGCGUAAAGAUAACGUAAAUGUCCAAAAAACAUCCCCCUUCAGGUGGACAUCCUAGAAGAUGAUCCAAUUCGAACAGAACGUUAUUAUUCGGAUUUUCUCGAGUUUCUUCGAGAUUUUUGCGUUGUAUUGGGCUCGACACCAUCUAGGAAAUUAGUACAAUGUAUCAAUACAUUGUUUUGCCUUGUCAUUCGCGAGAUGCACUGCCUAAAGGUGUAUAUUAUAUUUUAUUUUAAUUGAAAAAAAAGGUAAAUUUGAUCGAAAGCGAAUUUUUACAAAUAGAGGAUUUCGAAACAAGAGGAUUAGUCGCCAAAAUGCGAACACGCGGUGCUAAUUAAUUCGAAUGUAAUUCUCUUGGCCGUUAGUUUCACUGUCCUACUUCUCUCUCAGGAAGUUUAUUGCUAUUAAAAUGUUCUUAGAAACGCGGAAAGAGGUAACAUUAUCGUGCCGCAAGUUGCUGUAGUUGCAGAAUACUUAAGAGCGAGCGAAAAAACAGAUGCGGAGUCAUCGACAAGCACUUAAAUAGCAGUCAAUAGUCCCUUACCCAACCGUGGCGAGUCAUCGUGCGUGAAAUUAAGGAGAAUGAUCAGUGGUGAGACCACUGUUAUCGGAAUGAACGAGUGUGUGCGUACCUUAUUUAUAAUAAAAAAAUGUGAAAAUAAACGGAUGUCUAAAGGUGACAGUUGUAAACUUUC